AGAGGGAGAGAGAGAGAGAGAGAGAGAUAUAGAUGACUUCCUCCGUGCAGCUCCAACGAAUCAACCCCGCCCACCAACCCUCUGCCGCCUCCGCCGCCGCCGCAGGCCUCGGCUCCCACAAACAGCCCCAGCCCCAGACCCAGACGGCCGUGCUCCCCGGGGCGUUGUUGUCUCCUGGCCCGGUGCCCGAGUACGCGGCCCCGUACCACCGGCGCCAGGUGGGGCCGAACCAGUGCUGCUCCGCGGUGGUCCGGUCCAUCGACGCGCCGGUGGCCGUGGUGUGGUCGGUGGUGCGGCGGUUCGACGAGCCGCAGGCGUACAAGCACUUCCUGAAGAGUUGCCACGUCAUCGACGGGGACGGGCACGUGGGGACGGUGCGGGAGGUGCGGGUCGUGUCGGGGCUGCCGGCGAACUCGAGCAAGGAGCGGCUGGAGAUCCUGGACGACGAGCGCCACGUGAUGAGCUUCAGCGUGGUCGGCGGGGAGCACCGGCUGGCGAACUACCGGUCGGUGACGACGCUGCACGCGGCGAGGGGAGGGGCGGGGACGACGGUGGUGGAGUCGUACGUGGUGGACGUCCCGAGCGGGAACACCAAGGAGGAGACGUGCGUGUUCGUCGACACCAUCGUCAACUGCAACCUUCAGUCCUUGGCUCAGAUCGCCGAGAACAUGGCCAGGAAUUUGUAAACCUCAACUUCGUUCUGCUGAUCAAAAAGAACGAAGAAGAAGAACCCAGAAAAACCAAGAAGAAAGAAAUAAUCACAUAAAUCUUUUCAUCUUUCUGUUUCUUGAUUUAGCCUGACGUUGAGCAGAUCUUGAAAAGCCAGCGCUGGCAGAUCAUCAUUUUGAUUAGCUCCUGUCGUCUCAGAGAAGCAACUGGGGAAGAUGAUGUUGUACAUGGGUCAUUUUGUUAGGCUUUUUUUUUUUUUUUUUUUUCUUUUCCAUAGUUUUGAUUUUGCCAUGUUAAAAUGUCUAUGCUUUGAGAGAUUUUCUAGUAAACUGAUGAGCUACAAAUUAUUUU